AUGCUUCUGGAAAUGCAAAUUGUCGGCGUCACAUCCCUGGGGUCAUUGUUGGCUGUGGUUGCCUGUGUCACAAUCUUACCUACUUUGUACAGCGAAAUUAACGAAUUGCAUGGGCAGGUGAGAAGUACAGCAAAACUUGUCUUCUUAUGCUUUUUUUCCAAGGUUAUCGAAGCAGUCGCAGCUUUUCGAACAGACACGAACUUGGCAUGGAGCGAAAUAAUGGAUGUGCGAUUACUUGUCUCUUCUUCAUCCAAACCAGAAGAAAAUCCAUUUGACUCUAUUUUCCGUCAAACAAGGCAAUCAGGGUUACCACCUUGGUGCAAAUGCGUACCUGAUCCCAUUGUUUGCCCUCCCGGUCUUCCUGGUCCACCAGGGCCGCCCGGUCAACAAGGAACGCCCGGUCCACCAGGUCCUCCUGGUGAAGACGACGCGACCGUAUAUGCUCCUAUCCACUGC